AUGCAGAAAUCCUACAGAAUCCACACUGCCAGCUCCCGGGAAGAGAGGAAGCUGAGACAGCUGAAAAUCCCGGGUGUACCUUCCCACUCAAUGGAGGUGAUCAAGCAAGAUGUGUCUCAGCUCCAGAUCCCUAUGCUGCCGUUUCACAUACAAGCCACGCUGGAGGCAAGCUCAGGAACCCCAGGCUCCUCCUUCUCCUGCUAUGCAGCCAUCAAUCGCCGCGACAGCCCAGCGCUCGCAGGUCGGACUCACACACCCUCCUGCGGGAUCUUCUGGCGGGGGAGGAGGAAGCCUCGGACCCCGGCGUCUGCCCAGUGCACGGACUGCGCGCACGCACCGGGGCGGAGCUGGGCAUCCGGGCGGUGCGACCCCGAGUCCGGCCCGUGUUCCCAGGCACGAGGCGCACUUGACACCCCACGGGCGGCCCCCGCAGCUCCAGACCUCACCAACAUUCCAGAACUACAUCAUAAGGACGACAGGAUGGACUGGUGGCGAGGUGGGAGCUGCGGGCCGGUGGACUCUGCCAGGAACCAGCCGUGCUCUUUCCUUCCCAGCCAGGCCAGACCCCGUGUGCUUUGUCCUUGGCACAGAAGAUGCACCCUGAACCUGAAUAUGAUAUUACUCAUCUGAAUGACAGUUCAACCCAGGAUGCUUCUGGUCAGGCAUCAUUAGGCCCUACACCCAGGUUGAGCCCAGCAUGGGGCUUGAAUUCACCACCCUGAGAUCAAGACCUGAAUUGAGAUCAAGAGUCAGGGACUUAACCAAAUGAACCACCCAGAUGCUCCAAGAG